AUGUCAAUCAAUAUUGAAGGACUUAAAGCCACAUUCGCCAAACUCGACACCAACCACGACGGCGGACUCGACAGAGCCGAAUUCUUCGAAGGUAUCAAGGGACUUGGUGUGACUGACAGAGCUGUUUCAGAUGGCCUUUAUACCAUUGCUGAUGGAAAUCAUGAUGAGAAGCUUGAGCUCAAAGAAUUCAUCUACAUGUUUUAUUUCAUUCAACUUGAUGGCGAUUUCGAGAAGAAGAAAGAGAUCUACAUUGCCUUCCAGAAAGGUGAUUACAGUCUUGAUGUGAAAGAAAUCUAUCCAUUCAUCAAGAUUGUCAAUCUUGAAAUCCUUGAAGAAGCUUUCCCAACUGAAAUCCACGAUUAUGUCACUGACGGAAAAGUCACUUUCGAGAAUUUCUAUAAAUUCUGCCUUGCCAAGAAAUAA